AUGAAAGCCGUUAUACAUGAAAUAAUAGCGAGGGCUGAAUUUCAACCAUUGGUCAUCUCAUAUCAUACCCAAAGGCAGAGCUCUCGGGAAAAUGAGGAUCACUGCUGCGAAGCUGAUAUUGGCUGUAACGAGGAUACCUACGAUGAGUGUGACCCGACUAACAUGUACUACAGCAUAAAUGGUGAAAAUGUCUACGAGGCAGAGCUGGGAGAACAUAAAUCAGGAAUCGAGCCUCAUAGCCCUGCCACUAAUCAGCCAAGUUAUUUGGGUUCCUUUCAUGGCUCGCCUUUGAUGCCUCCGGCCGCUUCGACUUCCCAGAAAAAUAGAUCCUUCCUACCUCCAUACUUGGCUACAGAAUACCCUCCUCAUCAAUCGAAGCAUGAGUCAAUACUGUCUCAUCCAGAGGACUCUACACCCUACCUUGAGAUCAACAGUAUUCAAUCGGUCAAUAGGCCUAUAACAUACUCUACUCUGGACGGCUCUGGGCCACUCGGAUCCGACAUGAGCUCAUCAGAGUUACGAAAGGCAAGAUUUUCAGCUGAGGGCGAAUGGAAGGUGUCAGAAGUGUAUCGCAUUCAGCUACCGGAACGGGUCGCCAGUCCAGAGUAUGGGGAUAAAAAGAAAAAAGGGGGAAUUUUUUUUCGAAAAUAG